AUGCCACGCGUCCGUCAGGCGACCAAAGCAGUGCUGGGUGGAGUGAGGGCCUCCGCACUGCUCACCAGCGCGGUCGUCGGCGCCACUCCUCUGCGCAGAGUCGCGACUCGCUCCACCACCGCCGCCUCCACCGCCUUCUCCACCUCCGCCUACUCUACUACCUCCGCGGCCUCCGCUCCCUUCGCCACCUCCACCGCCUCCGCUGCCUCCACUGCUGCCACCGCCGCCGCCACCCCCGGCACCACUCCCAUUACCACCGCCACUCCCUCCACUGCCUCCACCACCACCUCCACCGCCCCCUCCAGCCCCUCCAAUGCCCUGACCCCCAUUGCCCUUGCCGGUGCGGCGUCUCCCGCUCGGGGCAGACGCAGCACCGAACGACUUGAAACCGACAAGGUCAGCCGCAGCAGGAGAAGCAACAGAGGGCAAGAGGGGGGAGGGAGAACACCCCUCAAAGACGGGGGUGCGAGGGUCACCACGAGAGGCUGCUACAACGACUAUGCUCUUCUCUAUCGCUAG